UUUAUAUGAAUCAUUGACCGAUACUUUGGUUCCUCCGCUCAGAACCAUAUUAAAGCCUUGCGCGCUUGCCAGUUGAUGACCGUCGCGGUUACUCGCGAAACUGUUGAAAUGGAGACCAGUUCGGCGCGAUUUCAGCCGGUCCACAAUACGGAGCCAGCAUGCAGACCGAUUAUUCUCGGAACUUUGAUUGUUAUGGGAUUGUUUCAGGUUACCACUAGUGUUGUAGUCUUGUUGCACUUAACAGGUUACCUUAACGAGGUAGGCACUAUUACUGUCCAACAGAAGCCAUUAAAGGAAGUUGAAACUGCACCAGUUCUUGCCAAUGCACUCAAAGAUCCGCAGAAAAAAGAACGACCAAGAACCACAAAGACCCAUAGAGGACUCACGGCAGCUGCACACCUCCCCAUUAGAGUGCCUAUCGACUAUAUCCAAAAGGGUGAAAUUCUGCCUGCAAUGGUCCACUGGAAUGAAGCACAAGGGCAUCUAGAAAAAGUUAGGUACCAUAAUGGAAGGCUCUUAAUCCAGGAAGGUGGAUUGUACUAUAUCUACACCAAGACAUGCUUCCGCUACUAUGACAUGGAGGCAGCGUCCGUGGGGGAGUUUCUACAGGACGGUAGUACUCAGCUCAUCCAGUAUAUCUACCUCGAGAGGCACACCCAGUUUCCAGCCAAACCCACGGUCCUCAUGAAGAGUGGUAGCACCAAGCGCUGGAGAAUGGUGGGCUAUAACAUGUACUGUGAGCAGCAAGGAGGCCUCGUCGUACUCAAGCAAGGGGACGGGCUCUUUGUCAGCGUGUCCAAUUUAUGGAUGUUGGAUCCUGAGCCAGAGGGGGGCUACUUUGGUGCUUUCAAGAUCAGCAAAUGAUGUGGCCUCCUGAUUGGCUCAGGCCAGGCGCUCUCCCUGAGUGCAAUUGGACCGUUUCGAGUUGUUUCGCCGAAUGCGAUCACGAGCCUCCUGGUGGGGAGACAUUGGACUUGCUGUUGUUAAAGGAUAGACUGAUUUGUCCAGAAUCUCAGCUGCUCGCUACAACGCAGCUUCAUCAACCUGUUGGCUGUUAGCCCUGCACUUGCAAUAGCUGCUUAGCCCUCCUGCAUUCCACCAUGUCCUCUGCAGUGAUACAAAAUGCAGUGCUCUCUACCGGAGGUGCACUUGUCAUUUGACCUAAGCUUUCUAGUGGGUACAAAAAAUGGAUUUUUGCAGAACUAUUUUAUCUUUGAGAAUGAUGUGAGGUCAGAAGAUAAGAUACUGAAUUCUCUGCUACUGAACUGAAUGUACAGAAUACUGCCUUGUGAACAAUUUUGGAACGAUCAACAACCACUGAGCACUUCAUUGCAUACUGAGCACUUACUUGAGUACAUGCUUUUAUUGUAGUAUUUAAAUUACAUUAUGCGCAUCACUUAAUGAGAAGUAUCCCAAUUCAUUCAUUCUUCUCGUUAACCCCCAGCUGAAUUAGUAGCCUUAUGUUUUAUAUAAUUGUAAAAACCGAUAUUAUCUUAACAGAUCCUAGUAUGGUUUAUGGUAUCCAAUAGCAGUUCAAAUUGUAAUACAUUUGUAAUAAAACAACUCCAACUGCUUCUGUCCAUUGUUUAAUAAUUCCGUACAUAGACGCUCUUAAACAAAGACUCUUUUUGUUUUGUUUCAGUGUGAACCUUCAGGAGUAUUGAAUGAUCGAAAAACAAAAUGGUUAAUGUAAAAUAAUAGAGAAGGUAUAAAUGUUUGUGGAUUCCAUUUGAAUAAACUCACUCUGGCCCGCUGUUACACAUAAGGGUACACACUCGUGACUGCAAACAGCUCAUUCAGAUUUACCAUGUGUCAGAAAAACUUUUGUUCUUUGAAGGCAUAUUCAGUGUGUAAUCAAUUGUGUCAGACUUUUAUUUCUGAGCUCAGCAUGGAUCCAAAGCUGUUCCUGCUAACCUAGGGCGCUGUUCCAUUUUCCUGAUUUAUUUUUUUUUGUUUGUUUUUGUAUAGUUCCUUAGUGUGCGCACUUUUAAUGUUUCUGGAUUUAAAAAAAAAUCUUACACAUAUUGGACUUCUUAAACAUAUUGGUAAAACAUAGUGAACCCUUGUCUUCCUAAAUAAUAUGAGUAAUUUGGCCAAGAGCCACCUUUUUGGAGAAGUGUCCGUGGAGUUUAGCCUUGUGUUUAUCCCCAGGGUUCAAAAAUGUAACUUUCAAUUUAUAUCCCCCCUGUCGAGUGUUUCUCAUGUACUGAUGUACUAUUGGUUCUGAAAGCAAUAUGCUUCAGAUAAAGUUGCAAGUUGAAAAUGCCAGUGGGCAGAAAGCAUGAUUAACAACAGAAGACAGCUGGACUGUUAGUUUUGACAUAUUAUGUAAACAUGUUUUUUGGACCAACAUAUGAGGUGACACCAGAUUGAGUUUGGUUCCACCUUUAACUAAAACAUUUUUUUUCUUAUCAUUUCCUUUCUAUGUAAUGAGGUGAGAAUAUGCACUAAAUUUGUUUUUAUUUAUUUGAUAUUUCGUGGUUGUGGUUCAUUUGCUGAGUGUUCUAUUGAGAAUAUGAAUCUGUAUAAUGUGCCUUUUGUGUGGUUUCACCGUAUAAAAACACAGGCUUUUAAUACAACAAAGAUGUUCCUGUUUAUAAAACCACCGAGUGGUUAAUGAACAACAAAGUCACGUGCUUGUGUAUGAAUCCGAUGUAUAAUGAAGACGUAAGACAAUGCUAUGUGCAAGAGGGCCUGGCUAAAGCAGAAAGAUGUAUUCAUUAGGUUUUAAGUUAUAUCAAAUACUUAAUACACGUUUUAUUAUCUGUUAUUUAUACAAAUAUUUUUACUGGCUGUUAUCUACUUUGCAUUACAAAAUAAAUAAUUUUGUACUAA